CCUCAGGUGCUUGCCGGCGGAGGCCAGCGGCCGGGCGGCGGGGGGAACAUGGCGCUGGGUAUCGGGGCAUCGCGGCGGCUGCUGCUGCGCCUGCCGGCCGGGAGCUGCCUCCUCCUCCUGCUGCUCCUCCUCCUCCUCCUCUGCGGCCAGCUCGGGGGAGGACAGAAAAAGAAGGAGAAUCUUUUGGCUGAGAAGGUGGAACAGCUGAUGGAGUGGAGCUCAAGGCGCUCGGUCAUCCGCAUGAAUGGAGACAAAUUCCGAAGAUUUGUGAAGGCUCCACCUCGUAACUACUCUGUGAUAGUGAUGUUCACAGCUCUCCAGCCGCAGCGGCAGUGCUCUGUUUGCAGGCAAGCUAAUGAAGAAUAUCAAGUGCUGGCUAAUUCAUGGCGCUAUUCGUCUGCUUUUUCAAACAAACUGUUUUUCACAAUAGUGGAUUAUGAUGAAGGGGCAGAUGUUUUUCAACAGCUGAAUAUGAACUCUGCUCCGACUUUCAUGCAUUUUCCUCCAAAAGGUAAACCCAAGAGAGCUGACACAUUUGACCUGCAGAGAAUCGGAUUUGCAGCUGAGCAGCUAGCUAAAUGGAUAGCUGACAGAACAGAUGUUCAUAUUAGAGUGUUCAGGCCUCCUAACUAUUCUGGUACGAUUGCACUGGCUCUUCUGGUAUCUCUUGUUGGUGGCUUGUUAUAUCUGCGAAGAAAUAACUUAGAGUUUAUCUACAACAAAACUGGCUGGGCCAUGGCAGCUCUGUGUGUUGUAUUUGCUAUGACAUCUGGUCAGAUGUGGAAUCACAUCCGUGGACCCCCGUAUGCACAUAAAAAUCCUCAGAAUGGACAAGUGAGUUACAUACAUGGAAGCAGUCAGGCUCAGUUUGUUGCAGAAUCACAUAUUAUUCUUCUGCUGAAUGCUGCUAUCACCAUGGGAAUGGUACUCCUGAAUGAAGCUGCUACGUCCAAAGGGGAUGUUGGAAAAAGGAGAAUAAUAUGUCUGGUAGGCCUGGGUCUGGUGGUCUUCUUCUUCAGCUUCCUAUUGUCAAUAUUUCGCUCCAAAUACCAUGGCUACCCAUACAGCUUCUUAAUUAAAUGAAAUCAAGAGGGGAUUCAUUUAGAGCUGCUUACCAUGAAGAUAAGCUAUUACUGAUAUUAUCUGCCCACCAAUGUUACAUGUAUUCAAGAAUCUUGCGUUGGUUCAUCUGUUUAUGUGAUAAUUUAUAUAGUAUGCUGAUAGAGAAAUGAAUGCAGUUUUAUGCAAUGAAUGUGUAAUUUAUAGAAACAUAAAGUAAAUACAUCAUUGGGAAGUGCUAAAAAGUUACGAAUAUAGUGUGCUCAAGAAUUUAAAUAAAUUUCAUUAUAACGGGUUUCUGUUUAAGGUUUCCUCAUUAACUUUAGUACGUGAAUCCAAGGAGCAUUGCCAAGAUUUUUCACCUGAAAUUUGUUACAAGAUUUUGAGAGAUGUUUUAGAACUGAACAAAAUGUCAUUGGUUCUUCAACUACUCAAGAAAAAUACCAUGGUGGAAACUAUAAUUUAAUGACUACCUGCACCUUGCCACCACUUCGCUUUGAAAUGAUAUAUGUAUAUAUAGUCUCUGGUCACCUCAGACAUGUCGAGCCAUUAAAAUAAAAUAGUAUUCUACAUA